UGGGGGGCCCGGAGGGGGUCCCCACUGCCACCAAUGUUUUUCCCACGGCCACCAAUGCCCCCCCCUAUGCCACCAACGAGUCCCCCACGGCCACCAAUGUAUUACACUCCGCCAGCAAUAAGGCACCACCCACCACCAAGGGGACGGGGGGGCCAAGAUGGGCAUAGCCAAUAGGGCCCCACAGUUACCCUCAGGCCCAGGUUUAAGGGGCAGAUCCAGCACCAACGACCCCUGUUCCCUGCAGGGUGGCAGAGCAAGCGAAGAGGAGCUUCCAGGGGAAGAGGAUUGGGGGAGGGAAGCUGCCCCCAACCCUGAGGAGGAGGGACACAGAGGAUCAGAACAUGGCCAUGCAUGGGGAGCUGAACAUUUCCAAGCCCCAGCGACCAGGGGAGGGGGGAGUUUCAGAUUUAGGGGAAACAACAGACCUGUUUUUGAGCAUCGGAACCCCCAGAGGGGAUGGGGGCACAGAGGCUGCCAACAGUGGAACGGAAACGGUUCUAAUGCCAUGUGGGAGGGGGAUGGUUGUAAUACUGAGUAUGGAGGUUAUGACAAUAAUUAUGAGUUUUUUCCUGCACUUAGGCAAUGGUAUAACCAGAGGAUACCUGGAUGGGCAGUGGGACAGGAGUUUCCAUAUUGGGAUGGUUAUCGGGUGCCGAGUCUCCAGUUUAGAAACAGGGAGGAAGAGGAGAGCUGGUUGCAGUGGAGGAAAGAAAGAACACAAAGACAAGAGGAGGAGGCUGGCCCAUCAACAAGGAGGGAAAAAGAAGCCUAUCCAACAAAUACAAGGGUGCAGGAAAAGCAGAAAGAGGAUACAAGCACACAGAGACCAAUCGUGGCAACCGCUACAAAGGAGGCACCUAUGGAUUUUGACCCCUUAGCCACACAUUCAGAAUGUUUCAGAAUCCAGUUAUGCACAUUGGUGACAGCUGAAGCUUAUCUAUGAAAUAAAAUUGAAUGAGAAACAUAAAGGCCCUUAGCCUUUUGGAAAAAGAACUUUAUUAUAUAAGGACACGAUUUACGUUGUUACAAACUGAAGUUUAUCUUCACUUUUGAAACAUUGUUUUCCCUCACUUGUUUGCCACUUGGAGGAUGGGCUUAACGCUUUGAUGUCAUUUCCUGUUAAACACUAUAUUAUACGUUGUUUCACAUCCAUUGUAUACACUUGACAAAGAGUCCUUUGAGACUCGAAACAUGUUGUGUUGAACAAUAAACACCUAAUUGAACAAUAAACACCUAAUUGAGCAGUUAA